AUGGAUAAAUAUGAUAUAAUUAAAAUGAUUGGGGAAGGAGCCUUUGGGAAAGCAUUCUUGGCAAAAGGAAAGGCAGACAACCAGCAAUGUGUUAUAAAGGAAAUCAAUUUAACAAAGAUGCCUCAUCGAGAAAAAGAAGCUUCAAAGAAAGAAGUCAUUCUUUUGGCAAAAAUGAAACAUCCAAAUAUUGUAAAAUUCUUCACAUCUCUUCAAGAGAUGAAUAAAUUAUAUAUUGUGAUGGAAUAUUGUGAUGGAGGAGAUCUUAUGAAGAGGAUCAAUAGGCAACAUGGGGUGCUCUUUGAUGAGGAACAGAUUCUGGGUUGGUUUGUGCAGAUCUCUCUGGGAUUGAAACAUAUUCAUGAUAGGAAGAUCUUACACAGAGACAUAAAAACACAGAACAUUUUUCUUAGCAAUAAUGAAAAGAUUGCAAAGCUUGGGGACUUUGGCAUAGCAAGAGUAUUGAACAAUACAAUGGAACUUGUGCGGACGUGUGUUGGGACACCUUAUUAUCUGUCUCCAGAGAUCUGUCAGAAUAAGCCCUACAACAACAAAACGGAUAUUUGGUCUCUUGGCUGUGUCUUAUAUGAGCUGUGCACAUUAAGGCAUCCUUUUGAAGGUAUCAACUUACACCAUCUGGUGCUCAAGAUUUGUCAAGCACGUUUUGACCCCAUCUCUCCAAAGUUUUCUUCUGACCUACAGACUCUAAUAACUCAGCUUUUUAAAAUACCUCCUCGAAAUCGGCCAUCAAUUAAUUCCAUUUUGAAAAAGCCCUUCUUGAAGAAGCUUAUUGCCAAAUAUUUGUCUCCUGUGGAAAUGCAAGAAGAAUUUGGUCAUACACUAAUUCAUAGAAACAGACCACCAGCAGCACAACCUGUAACCAAUCUGGCCCAAGGUCCAAUAAUGCAGAAAAAGAGAUUCCAGGGUAAUCAUCCACCAAAAUCUAAGAUCCUGAUGCCUCCUAAAAGACGGGAGUUGCUACCUAGAAAAGAAUGGAUACCUCCUAGAGCUCAGAAGCCAAUACUGUAUCAAAACCCCCAGAAAAAGUUGGCAAGAAGACCAGAAGUUGCUCCAGAUUGCAGACUUUAUGAUCAUCUUUAUGCUCAGCUGGACAUCUUACAGAAGAGAGCUUGCGACCCAAGGCCUGCUGAGUAUCUUCAGAGGAGAUUGGAAGCUCGACAGUAUAAGCUGAAAGUCGAAAAACAGUUGGGUCUUCGUCCAUCUUCAGCUGAGCCAAAUAACCAAUUACAAGUGCAGGAAAGAAAGGGAGAGCAGCCCAAAUUCCAGGAUCUACAGUCUAAGAAGAAUGAAAUUAAACAAGAGGAAUAUUGGAAACAGUUAGAGGAAAUACGCGAGCAGUACCACAAUGACAUGAAGGCUAUUAGAAAGAAGGUUGGAAGAGGACUUGAGGAGGAUUCAAACGUAAGUCACAAGACUUAUUUCGUGAAGCAGAAAAAGACGUACAUUCACCAGGAUGAACCUAAGGAGGACAUGGAAAGGAAACUGGAACAAAUUAGGUUGCAGAGCAAACAGGAAAGAAAAAUGCUAGAACAGAAAUAUAAGGUUAAGGGAGGAGUGAAGUUUGAAAUAAAUCUAAAUGAAUGUAUUAUUGAUGAAAACACCAAGCAAGGGGAGGAGGAAAUAGAUGUAUUGAAUGAAACUUUGACUUUUGAGGAUGGUAUGAAACUUAAGGAAAAGCAGCUUAUGAAUGAAUAUGAAGAUGAUACAGAUCAAGCUUUGGAAAAAAGAUAUUGUCUGGAAGCAGCUGUUCACAGGAAGGAUGUUGUUACUGGAGAAAAGAGGCGGCACUGGAGUGUUCGAGCUCCUCAGACACUGCUACAUAUGAUAGAACAAGCAGACAUCACCUCAACCUGCUCUACCACCACUGGAGAUGGCCAGGUUAUUAUAACUGAAGAUGCUUCAGAAAAUAGGAAACAGUGGAAACAGGAAUCACCAGGGACACUAAUGAAUAUGUUAGCAGCAGCUGAGCUGGCCAGUGACUCCUUUUCUGCCAAUGGACAAAAGUUUGUGGAAACAUUAAAGUACUGGCUUCCCCAUGAUGAAAAGGAGGGGAAGGUGGAACCAGCCUCUGCUACUGAUGUGGAUGAAGAACCACUGGAGUCUAGAUCUGAUGAUGAUGAUACAAAUUUUGAAGAAUCUGAAGAUGAGCUGAGAAAUGAGGUGAUGGAAUCUCUAGAAAAGCUUGCAGUUUCCAAAGAGGAAGAAGCGAUGCCAGAUCACCCUAAGGAUGAAGAAAAGGAGUCAGAAGGAGACCAUGUGAGUGACCAGACAUCAGGGACACCAAAUCAACGUUUAGAGGAGACCUGA